GUCACCGUCUCCUCCCCGCUUGUUUGCCCUAAAUUCCCCCAAAACCCCUACCCACCAAAAAUGCUCGAUUUCUCCCCAAAUUCGCGCAUCCAAUUCGAUCCGAUGCAUCCAUAGCACAAAAGAGAACAGAAAAGGCCAAGAAAAAUGGCAUCUUUAUUUAGGGAUCCGGGGAAGCUCUCGGUGUAUAGGGAUCGGAGGUUUUCGGGGGGCCAAGAGGAGUAUGAACACGCGCUCCAAACCUCUACCACGGUCUACGUGGGUAACAUGUCGUUCUACACUACGGAGGAGCAAGUCUACGAGCUCUUUUCCAGAGCCGGAGAGAUCAAGAAGAUCAUCAUGGGCUUGGAUAAGAAUUCUAAGACUCCCUGCGGCUUCUGCUUUGUUCUGUACUAUUCUAGGGAGGAUGCUGAAGAUUCGGUGAAAUAUAUCAGUGGGACAAUUCUUGAUGAUCGUCCAAUCCGUGUAGAUUUUGACUGGGGGUUUGAAGAAGGCAGGCAAUGGGGCCGCGGAAGAAGUGGCGGACAGGUGAGAGACGAAUACCGGACGGAUUAUGAUCCUGGCAGAGGUGGCUAUGGGAAGCUGGUUCAGAGAGAAUUAGAGGCACAGAGACAAUUAGUUGAUUACGGCACUGGGUCUUUGGGUGCUUUCCAGCCUCCCGCGCCAUCUCGAUAUGGUGGGAUGGGUAGAGACCAUGGGCAAGGGGGCUCGUACAGACAUGACGCAGAUUUUCGUCGCAAAAGAUACAGAGAUGAUGAUCGGUAUGGACCUGAAAUGUCGAGGAGAAAAUCCGUCUUCGAGUCAAGGAGAAACUCAGAUAAUGAUUCCAGACAGGAGAAGAAUCCUCGCUUCCGAGAGAGCGGUGAUUCCGAUGAGGAUGAAGAUGAUGAUAGGAAACGGCGUCGCUGAACUCAAUCAGGAAUUCGUUUAUUUCCUUUUGCAAAUGGAAAGGGUUCAGAGAUCUUUAAGACAUCAAUGUUGUUUUAUCAUCAGCUUUUGGUUUAUCCUAUCCUUUGGUUCAAAUCAAACACUAUUAGAUACUUGUUGCCUAAGAAAACCCCUCAUUCUGUAACUACAGCAACUCUUAGUAUAUCAUUAUUCAUUAGUAGCCUUCCCAUGCAUCAAUUAUAUUACCAUAUAAAAGUAAUUAAGUAUAUUUUUCAUAACACUGCAAUUAUUUAACAUCAUUUGAGACAUAAAUGGUUGUCAACAUUGAACCGAUGUUGUUCGAUUUGAGUUGAGCCAAGCUGAAGAAUGCAGGAUUCAAUGGAUAUUUUUGCUUAUGAGGGUCAAACAUUAUUAUCUAGCUGCGUGUUGUAACUUGUAAAACCAUUUUACAACUCAUUUAUGUUGGCGUGUAGUUAUAUUUUGUGGAGAUGUGAAGUUGCAUUUUUAUGAAUAUUUUGUGAAAACUUGCAUUUUCCAGUUA